CGAAGAAGUACAAAACCAGGACGUGACGUGUGGUGCAGAAUCAAAACAGUUAAAAUUUGACAGCUCGGCAGCGCAGCGACAAAAGGUUUAUAAAAUGCAAUGGGAAACGUUACUGCCAAUGUCACACAUCAGCUACACGACCUAAACAACGUCUGCAGACACUGGGGCGACUUUUUAACGGACUGUGGAGGAAUGCCAAUCCGAGGAAGAGGUGCUUUUGGUUAGUUUAUCUGCUAGCUGCAGCGGCUAUCUCCGGGUGUCCGGCUGGUUAGCUUCUGCGGCUAACGAACAAGUUGCUCCAUGGCGAUCUAUGGGCUGAACAUUACCAUAUAUAGACCGGCCGCAGAGCUCCCUCGCCGGUGAAAUGUAAACGGUGACUCGCCGAGGAGGCUGACUGAAGGGCAAGCGCACACAAAAACAAAACUCAGCCCUGAAAAAAAGGAUAAAACACUUAAACGCGGCUAGCUUCACCAUGUCAUCUGAUCAGAUCAUUGCCAUCGUCAUGGAGGACAAAAUCUACGAGGUGGAUAAAAAGAAGCUGAUCGAGAAGAGCGACUACUUCCGUGCACUGUACAGCUCUGGGAUGAGGGAGUCCACGGAGGACUCCGUGCAGCUGCAGGGGCUCAGCGUCCCCGGCCUGGAGCUGGUCCUGGAGUUCAUCAACACCUCCAAGGUCCAGGUUGUCAACGAGACUCUGGAGGACCUGAUUGAGACCGCCUCCUUCUUACAGGUCACCUCCAUCCUCAAGCUGCUCACCUCGGAGAUCCGGCUGGACAACUGCGUGGAGCUGUACAGCCUCUCAGAGGUUUACGGUACUCACGAUCUGCGUAAUGCUUGCCUCAAAUACAUGAGCUGCUACUAUCACCCCAUGCUGAGGCGGCCAGAGUUCACCAGCCUCCCCUCUGCCGUCAGAGACCAAGUCAGGGAGAUGCGCAUGAAAGGCACCGCCACCCUGGUAGCCAUCGGAGACUUCACCUGUCUGUCCCCGGACGUGCCGGAUCAGGAUGAGCCCUGGUCCAUGCUGAGGUAUGUAGAGGUGGAGCAGCGCUGGAGACCGCUGGCCAACAACCUGCCUCCAGAUAUGAUCAAUGUGAGAGGCUAUGGCUCCGCAGUCCUCGAUAACUACCUGUUCAUAGUCGGUGGAUACAGGAUGACGAGUCAGGAGAUCUCUGCGGUGCACUGUUACAACCCCUGUAGGAACGAGUGGAACCAGGUGGCUCCGCUCAACCAGAAGAGGUCCAACUUCAAGCUGCUGGCAGUACAAGGGAAGCUGUACGCUGUAGGAGGCCAGUGUUUGGGCACAGUGGAGUGUUACAGCCCAGAGCAGGACUGGUGGACCUGUGUGUCCUCGAUGCCCGAUCCGCUGGCUGAGUUCUCUGCCUGUGAAUGCCAGGGGAUGAUCUACGUCAUGGGUGGAUACACGGCGAGAGACAGGAACACGAGUGUCCUCCGCUACUGUCCCACCUCUGACACCUGGACAGUAUUUCGGUCAUGCUCGGCGCACAUCCGCAAGCAGCAGAUGCUCUCGGUGGAGGACACCAUCUACCUGGUGGGUGGCUACACCCAUGAGCUGGAGGUGGGCCGGCGGCGUGCCAGCCAGACCGAGGACGUGCUGACUGUGCAGUCCUACAACGUGACUACGGGGGAGUGGAUCCAGCUGAAGGAGAACACGUCCAAGUCGGGCCUGAACCUCACAUGCACGCUGCACAACGACGGCAUCUACAUCAUGAGCCGGGAUGUCAGCCUGCCCACCAGCCUGGAGCACCGCGUCUUUCUCAAGUACAACAUCUUCUCCGACGCCUGGGAGGCCUUCAGACGCUUCCCGGCUCUGGGACAGAACAUGCUGCUCUGUUCGCUUUACCUCCCCAACGUGCCAUGGGCCGAUGGUUCAGUGAACACUAACAGAUAGUGGAGCCUAUGCAGCAUUAAUAUAGGCCAGUGUGUGGCUUUGCUUGUUGUUGCACUGAAUGGGGCUCUGCGGCAUUAGUGGAAACAGUGUUCGGUUGCCAGGUUGAAUGCCUCGUGACCUCUGUGCCUCAAAAACAAAAAAAACGCACUACAUUGUACAUACUGCUGUGGAUGCAAAUACAAAAGCUACAGUGACAAUUAUGAAAGUGAUGAAGCGCCAUGGCCCGUAGGUCAACAGCAUCAUAGCAGCUAGCCACAGUUUGUGCCUCUCAUGUAUUUACAUUUAGUUACGUUAAAGUUCCAUUAGCGAUAAUUAUCCAGACAGUUUGAAAAACCCAGAAGGUUGUUACACAACACUUACUGCUGUUCUGAAGGUAUAAAGGAUCCUCAAAGACUCUCUUAAAGGUGGGGGUCGGCGAUUCUAAUCCAGUACACGUCUUAUAUCUUCUCAUGGCUGUGUAAAUGGGAAAAAAAACAAACAGUGGAUUUGAGUGGGAAACAGAACACUCACUUUUUAUUCCAGCCAAUAUUUAAUUGUAAAACAGCAAAGUUUUCUUUUAAUGUGCAGCAGAUAGAAUAUUUCUCCAUCCCGUGUUUUAGGAUCCAGCAGCAGUAAUUAUGGAGGAACAGAUGGUUACCAUUGGUGAAUGUUAUACUAAUACAUGAGAGGCACAAGCUGGGGCUACAUAACAGCAUGCUUUUAAAUCUAUGGGUCAGAAUAUUAUUGAUGUUUACACUCCAAAUAUGGCAUUGGCAUACAUGUUUAUCCAUAAUUCACUACAAACCUUAAAAUGCAUUUCUUGUCUAUAUGUACUGUACAUAGCGGAUAAUCAUAAAAAAUGGCUUUGGUUUUACACUGCCAGUUUUAUGGGAAUUAAAGGUCCCUUGAAAGCUGUUGUUUGGGAUGAGAAGUGGCUCAGAUGGAGCUUAACGUGUCGUAUGCACACUUGCACAGUCUUAUUUUCCAGAGAUACACUAAGCAAAGCUUAAAGCGCAAUUCCAUGAACUGAACGAUGCACAUGUGCCUUCUGCAACCUCAGUUAAUAAGAACUUAAAAUAAAAAAAAAGCACAAAAUGCAAGACUUUGUUACAUUGCCAGCAACUGACCAAAACUGCUGUGUUUUAUUUAUUUUCUUCUGCUAACGCAGAUUUUGUUACCAUUAAGUUACUUUUUAGUUCCUUGAUUAAAUAAUUGGGAUAUGCCGACAUGAGAAAUGAGCCUCAAAGCAAAAUUUAUUUCCGAGGUUUUGUGUAAAUGCAGCACUUAAAAUGUUUAAUUUGGUGGAUUUCAGACUCUCUUUGCAUUCAUUAUUUGUUUGAGGGUUUAGACAUUUAGGUCAUGGUAAUAAAGAUGAUGUUCAGGG